AAGAGGAGGUCAGGCGGGCCAUCCAUUCCUAAUUAAUUAAACACCCUCUGCUCCGUACGGUACCCAAGGUCUGAUUGCACGCUAGCUCUUCUUCAACUUCAAGACCUCGCUCUCCACAGGUCACGAGCCCACCAACAACACUUCGCUCCUCUUCUUCUCUCCGUACUAGCACUGCUGCACUCAAAAAGACACAGCGAGGAGGCCAUGGGCACACUAGGCGGGCACGUCGCGCCGGGCGCCUUCUUCUUCCUCAUCGGCCUGUGGCAUCUGUUCGGCCACAGCCGCCUGUUCUUGCUACAGCGGGGCUCCUACGUGGCUCCGGUGUGGUUCCCGGUGCCGGGCGUCCGUCACAUCGAGCUCAUAAUGAUAAUAAUCGGCUCGGUGAUCUCCGUCUCGAUGGAGCUCGUCAUCGUGCAGCCGAAGCACCAGCCGUUCGACGACGACGGCACCAUCCCCAGCGUCCACCUGCACAACUUCGAGCACGCGUCCAUCUCGCUGGCGUGGCUCGUCUUCGCCGCCGCCACCAUCCACAUGGACAGGGUCCGGGCGCCGAUGCGGGACGCGGUGUCGCAGCUGGCGGCCGCGGCCGCGUUCGCGCAGCAGCUGCUCAUCUUCCACUUCCACUCCGCGGACCACGCGGGCGUGCAGGGGCGGUACCACCGUCUGCUGGAGAUGGUGGUCGCCGUCACGCUCGCCGCCUCGCUGCUCUUGAUCCCCUACCAACGGAGCAUCGCGCUGAGCCUGGUCCGCUCGGCCAGCCUCGUGUUCCAGGGCGUCUGGUUCACCGUCAUGGGCGUCAUGAUGUGGACGCCGGCGCUCGUCCCCAAAGGCUGCUUCAUGAACGACGAAGAUGGCCUCCAAGUCGUCCGGUGCCGCACCGACGAGGCGCUCGACCGCGCCAAGUCGCUCGUCAACCUGCAGUUCAACUGGUACCUGACCGGCACCGUGGCGUUCGUCGUCGUGUUCUACCUCCAGAUGGCCAAGCAGUACCAGGAGCAGCCGCAGUACGCUCCGCUGGUGAAGGGAGGGAGAGGCAGCGAUGGCCGGUGCACCAUCGGAGAGGUCAAUGACGACGAGGAUGACCUUGAGGCCUCCAAAGGAGGCUUAGGAUAUAUCGAAAUUGAGAGGUGACGCGUGACACUGUGUGGUCAAAUAUCAAUGGUUGUCUGUAGGAAACUAGGAACAGAGCUAGGAUUCAUGACUAGGGGACUGAGUUCCUUCUUCCUUCUCCCGCACCCACCAUCCCCCUCUUCCUCUUCCUCCCUUAGUUUCUCUGUGAUGUGCAAGCGGGCUGGAAGUGGAGCACCCUAAGGCCUAAGCCCACCCUUAUCGAUAAAAUCGUUUUAAUGAAAUAUGUGCAUGGGUGGUUUACUUAA